ACCACAACCAGGUAGAUUAUCCACUAAACUGGAAAUUGAACAAAUGAUUUACAGUUUAAUGCCAAUAUAGAGGAAAUGGAAAACAAUUUCCAAGUUGGUUAAUUUUAAAGCCUGCUUAGUUUGGCCAAAGAAAACCCCUGGGUCAACUCCCAGUAGAGUAUAUAACCCUUGCUUCUCACAAGAAGUCACAGGAUAUAAAAGAACUGAACAGAAGAUGGAUAUUGCAGACAAUGAAAACAUCACCAGUUCAGAAGAACCAUGUCAAGUAAAUUCACCUGAGGAUGAAAACAAAGAAGAGAAAGAAAAAGAGUCUGCGCUGGAGAGUGAAGAUGCUACGAGUAGUUCAGGAAUAUAUAGAUAUAUUAAGGAUGACCUUUUCACUUCAGAGAUAUUCAAAGUAGAAAUACAAAACCUACCAAAGUACAUAGGUAUUAAUGACAUAAAGAAAUUCCUUGCCAAGUAUGGACUGAACCCUCAUAAAGUUAAACUCAUGAAUAAGCAAACAUUUGCAUUCGUGACUUUUAAAAGUGAAGAGGAGAGAGAUAAAGCCAUGAAAGUCAUACAUGGAGUGAUGUGGAAAAAACGUGCAUUGAGUGUCCGGCUAGCAAAGCCCAGGGCUGAUCCCAUAGCGAAGAAGAGAAAACAAGAAGAAGAAGAUGCUAAAGAACAACCUGAUAAUAAGCGUCACACUUUACUGGAAGAUGGACAGGAAGUGCCACUCAGCAAACAGAUUGCAGAUGUAGUAACUCCUCUAUGGCAGGUACCAUAUGAAGAACAGCUGAAAAUGAAGGAACGGGAGUGUGAACAUGCUCUGCAGAAACUGACCAAGGAAAUCGGAAAUACCAACAAGGCCAUUUUACCUUGGCUUUUUGUUCAGAAACAGAAGUACAAUAAAUUAUGCUGCCCCUUUGAGGGGGUGAAUCCAUCCCCCACACAGACGGAGUAUCGUAACAAAUGUGAAUUCCUGAUUGGGAUUGGUGCAAAUCAAGAAGAUAAGACUGUUGGCUGCAGACUGGGAAAAUAUAAGGGGGGUUCAUGUGCUGUCGUGGAACCAUUUGAUACAAUUCACAUCCCUGCUGUCACCAAGAGGGUUGUGAAAGCUUUCCAGGAAUAUAUCCGCACAACCCCAUAUGCGGUUUACAGUCCCGAAUCCUAUGAAGGUCACUGGAAGCAAUUGACUGUCCGUAGCAGCAGGAAGGGGCAAGUCAUGGCAAUGGUGUAUUUCAAUCCACAGAAACUUAGCAAAGAGGUGCUUGUGGAACUGAAAACCUCUCUAGCGACCUAUUUCAUUAACGGACCAGGAAAAGACAGUGGCAUUACCUCUCUUUACUUUGUUGAAGAGGGUCAAAGGAAGUCACCAAAUCUUGAAGAUUUACCUGUGGAGCAUUUGGGUGGAGACAAAUAUAUUCAUGAGGAGCUUCUGGGACUUACGUUUCGCAUAUCACCCCAUGCAUUUUUCCAGGUGAAUACACUAGCUGCAGAGGUACUGUAUUCCAAAAUUGCAGACUGGGCUCAGUUGAACCAGAACAGCACUGUGUUGGAUGUCUGUUGUGGAACGGGUACUAUUGGUAUCUCUUUGGCAAAGAAAGUAAAGAAAGUUGUUGGAAUUGAGCUAUGCCAAGAAGCAAUCGCAGAUGCCAAGGCUAAUGCACAGAUUAAUGAUCUUGGGAACAUUGACUUUCAGUGUGGCAAGGCAGAAGACAUUUUUCCUGCUUUGAUUAACUCCUUCACCUCUCAGAACCCUGUUGCUAUUGUUGACCCACCUCGAGCAGGCCUGCAUUCCAAGGUGAUCAUAGCAAUCAGAAAAGCUGAACACCUGAAACAACUGAUAUAUGUGUCGUGCAACCCCAAGGGUGCAAUGUCUAACUUUGUUGACUUAUGUCGUGCACCUUCAAACAGAGUCAAAGGACGUCCUUUCAGGCCAGUUCGAGCGUUGGCUGUGGACCUGUUUCCUCAAACCCCUCAUUGUGAGCUCCUAAUUCUAUUUGAGAGGGUGGACUAUACAGAAAUCUCAAGUGAACCUGCUGGCACUCCAGGUGCCCCUAAUAUCCAAGACACAGACACAUGUGAGGUUCAGCCAGACAGCACUGAAAAUCUUCAGUGAUUGUGAGCCAUGCAGCUUCGUUUAGCCAAUUACAGAAGGGUUUCUGCAGCUAAAAGUGCAUAACAUGGGACCACUAACACCCAUUUUAUUACUUCAUUUGACAGUGUUAAAAUCCAUGUAACCACUUUCAUAAAGUCUUUUUAGCCUCCAUAGCAAGCGAUCUACAUAAAGGGAUUGUGUUAAAUCAAAUACAGGAAAAUACACUGCAGCAUCAUCAAACUGGAAAAAAAUUUCAAAUCUCAUUUUCAGCAUAUUUGUGAAUAGCGCUUUGUGUUUAUGUACAGAUUUCACUUCU